CAGGCGAGGAAAAAUACGCUUCGCUUUUGCGAAAAUUGGCAAAUUAUUAUAGUUUAAAAUAAAAUAAUUAACGCAUCGACGAUCAAAUGACAAAGUGUGGCGCCCCAGCAGGCCAGAUUGUGCGCUUAGGGUCUGUAAACGGUUACGCGGCAACCGAAUUCCACACAAAAGAGAUAGAAAUAGUUUGCACCGCGCUGCCAUCAACAAAAACGAAAAGCAGUAAAUAAAUCUGCGUGUGCAUAGAGUGCACAACAACGCGCAUGGUUACAAUAAUAAUGUGCAAGAUAGAAAAAAGUUGUUGCAAUGCAGAAUGCACUUGCUGUUUGUAGUGUAAUUAAUUGAAAAGCAGUAUAAUUGCUGCCGUUGCCGCUGCCGCUGCCUUGCUACAAAACGCACUUAAAAUCGGUGGUAAGAAGAAGAACCCAGGCCACAGUGAGAAAAGAAAAUACAAGAAGAAAAAGAAAAAAACAAACGCUAAAUAUCGCAAAAACAACAGAGCCAACAAAAAUCAAAUAAUCAUAUCAAACCAUUCAUUUGAAUAUAAUUGCAAGCGAGCAAACGCGCUCUCAGCGCACAUAUUUCUGCAAUUUGUGCCGCUGUCGCCGUCGACGCGGUCGCUGUCGCUGCAGGUGCUAGUGCUGCUUGGCGCUUUUAUAGUUUUUAAUAGUGUAGAGUUGCCAGCAUUAAAAGCGCAUGGUUGUCGUAUUGUGGCGUCUACUGGACAGGACCGAUUUUGUUAAACUCGGAUGCUACGGCAUCUCACAUUAAAGUUAUAAACUGGAGUAAGCCAACAACAAGCGCCUGCAUAGAGCGCACUUAGGCCGGACACAUUUUAACAACUUUUUACACGCGUCGUGGUCCGGAGGAUCGACGACGCCAUUAGAUAACAAUUUCUGUGCCCCGUAGUUAAAGAAAAGCUGCCACCAUUCGGAAGAAAAAUACUUCGAAUAUGACCCACAAUAUCGGUAUGGCGCCGUAUCGUAUGCCGGGUCCAGCAGGCGGAUUAUGUCCGCCUGACUUUAAGCCACCGCCACCGACGGAUAUCAUCUCGGCGCCGGUAAUCCAAGAAGCGCGAGCAUGCAGCACAAUCUCCCUAGUGGCUACUGCAACACGGACACUGGAACGAUGUAAUCGCAUGCUGGACUGCGAGACCGCAACGUGGCUGAGCUCCAAUUUUAUUGUCACUAAUGUGAUAUCAUGGCCAUGUAAUCAAAUGCUACCACCACAGCAACCGCCGCAUAUGGGAGGAGGACCAACGCAUCCGCAGCUUAUGAAUCAUCCACACCCGCACCAUUCACAUCCUGGCGGUCCGCCGCAUCCACCGCAUCACAUGAUGGGACCCGGUGGUGGCAUGCACGGACCUGGACCAGGCGGUAUGCCGCCGCAUGGCGGUAAUCCACAUAUGAUGGGGCCACACGGAAACGUAGGUCCACACAUGGGUCAUGGUCAUAUGGGCGGUGUGCCGGGGCCGGGUCCUGGGCCUGGCGGCAUGAACGGACCAAUGCCGCAUCAUGGAAUGCCACCUCACCACGCACAUAACCAUCCACAUCAUCACGGACACAAUCCAAUGGGCGGACCCAAUAUGUUCGGCGGCGGUCCGAUGGGUCACGGUCCUAUGGGUAAUAUGGGAAAUCCGAUGGGAGGUCCAAUGGGAGUGGGGCCAAUGGGCAAGCCUAUGACGAUGAGUGGCGGCAAAAUGUAUCCGCCCGGUCAGCCAAUGGUCUUCAAUCCGCAAAACCCAAACGCGCCGCCCAUUUAUCCGUGCGGCAUGUGCCACAAGGAGGUCAAUGACAACGAUGAGGCCGUCUUUUGUGAAUCCGGUUGUAACUUUUUCUUUCACAGAACAUGUGUGGGAUUAUCGGAGGCGGCGUUUCAAAUGCUCAACAAGGAGGUGUUUGCCGAAUGGUGCUGUGACAAGUGUGUUUCAUCGAAGCACAUACCGAUGGUGAAGUUCAAAUGCUGAAGUGCAGCAGCAGCAGCAGCACCAUUAUCAUCAUCAACAUCAACAUCAUCACUAUCAACUCCACCACAAUCACCAACACCACCACCAGCUAGCACUCAUUCACUCUGUAUAAAAUAUUCAGGCAUUAAGUAUUUUAAUUGUAGAGUUUAAGGCAGUACUAGGGUUCUAUCAAUUCUAACAAUGGCGCGCUCAAUAGUCAAAAAGGUCCCCAACGAAACAAAUUUUAAGGCGACAACAAAAUGUAAACUCACUAAGCCAGCGACCGAAGCCGUGUUGUGAAUUUUCGCUUCGGUCGCUGCUCGCUCAACUGGCGCGUAUCCUUAAAUGUAAACCUUAAAAUGCAAGUAAAAAGAUGAAAUGGAUAAAACACUCAAAAGUAAUAUGAUAGUGAAACGAAACAUGUAUGUUAAAUGUAAUAUAGUUUAGUGUAGACUCGUAUAUUUGUACUAUAAAAAUUAAAGCAAUGUGUAUUUGUAUGUGAGAACGACCGACGCGUUGUCAGCAAGAAUGCUAAAUAGAUAAGCAAGCGCUCUGCAAACGGAAGCGUCAAAGCUAUGUGUAUGUAUUUAGCAUGAUAACAAAAAUCGAAAAUCAAUCUACUAGUUUGUAUUAUAAAAAAAAAAAGAGAAAAGUGAAAGAAACAGCGAAAUAUUCGUAAGCGAUAAACACACACACACACACACAGAAACAACAACACGUUACUUUUAUAUUUGUAUUCGAAUAAUUAGAGUUGUAAGUGCGCGCAUACAUACAUAUACAAAAAAACAUACACAUACACACAUAAGGAACUCCUUGCAACUUAAUAAUCAAUCUGACAAUGAGCAUAAAAAUUUGUAACUACUUGAAAUUAAUCGCGUGAAAUUGUUUUUAUACUCUUGCGUCAAUUUUAUAAGCAACAAAUUUUAACUUACACACACACACACACACACAGAAACAAACACCCACACCUUCAGCAAUAAUACUACAUACGUUUGGGAUUGAGAGAGAGAAUUGUUUUUUAUACAAAAUUAUUAAAGAUCAAGCAAAUAAAGUGUCUCGUGUAUUCAUUCGAACAAAAAGCACAAGAAAUUAAAUUGCAUGCAAGCAACAAUUAAUUUAAGCCUAACAAAGUUAACGCGUGAAGAGAGAUAAACUGUAUAAAAUUGCAAAUUAAGUUAUUUAUAACUAAAU